AUAAUCAGUAUCUUGUGCCGGCCUUCGAGCAUACGUUCUGUAAUCCGUUAUAACUGUUAAGAACGUAGUAGAGAAAAAUAUACUUUACAAAUACUAUAUAGAUCAUAUGUUCUGAGGCUAUACAUUAGUCUUAUGCAAUACAGCUUACUGUGUAAUUUUGUACAAAUGAAUUUGGAGAUGACAAUAAGAGGAUUUUAUUCAUUUUUAACUUUCUGGGUGCUGGUUCUGUUCAAUGUAUCUGCCCAUAAUACUUUUAUGGAAUUCAUUGAAACUGCUGUACAUGUCAAGUAUUCAGGAUAUAAUCCUGAUAUCGAUUUGACAACACCCAAUAUUAUAAGACGAGCUGGUUAUCAUGCAGAGGCUCAUACUGUGGAAACAGAUGAUGGAUAUCUCUUGACUGUGCAUCGAAUUCCAGGCAAGCCAGGAUCAACUCCUGUGCUAUUACAACAUGGACUUCUUGGUAGUUCAGCUGACUGGAUACUCCCUGGCAAGGGCAAAGCAUUUGCAUACUUGCUGGCAAACCAAGGGUAUGACGUUUGGUUAGGAAAUGCAAGAGGCAAUACCUAUUCAAGAUCUCACGCAAGUUUGUCGACAUCAGAUUCAAAGUUUUGGGACUUCAGCUGGCAUGAAAUGGGAAUACACGACUUGCCUGCAGUAAUUUCUUAUAUUCUAGAGCUCAAGAAUCAGGAAAAUGGUUUAAUUUAUGUAGGACAUUCUAUGGGCACUACUAUGUUUUAUGUAAUGGCAUCGGAGCAUCCUGAGAUUGCAAGAAAAGUGUCAGCCAUGUUCAGUUUAGCUCCAGUUGGAUUUAUGAAUCAUGUGAAAAGUCCAAUAAGGAUUGUGGCUCCUUUUUCACACGAUAUUGAGAUUAUAGCUCACUUCUUUGGCGCUAACGAGUUCCUGCCUCAAAAUAUGAUUCUGAGAUUCUUAGCAAAGUAUGGUUGCGACAUAGACACUUCUGAGGAAAAGAUCUGUGCUAAUUCAAUUUUUGUACUCUGUGGCUUCGAUCAAGCACAAUUCAAUAAUACUCUUAUGCCCAUCAUCUUAAAUCACACACCAGCAGGAACUUCGACCAAAUCAUUAGUUCAUUAUGCUCAGGAAAUUACUUCUGGCAAAUUUCGCCAGUACGAUUAUGGUACAGAGAAGAAUAAAGAAUUGUACAAUAGUACAAACCCUCCAGAGUACAUCUUGAGUAACAUUGAUGUACCUAUUGCUUUUUAUUAUGCAGAUAACGAUUGGCUCGCAAGUUCUGUGGAUGUCGACAGACUGUAUAAAGAAUUACCUAAGAAACUAGGUAAAUAUAAAGUGGAUUUUCCAAAAUUCAAUCAUUUGGAUUUCCUAUGGGGAAUAGAUGCUCCAAAACUGGUAUACGAAAGAUUAUUAUCGUCGAUGAAGAAAUAUAACAAAAAAAAAGAAGGCAUGGGCUUUCCUAAAAUAUUUAUGAGCAGAGAAGAAUAAGACUGCUAUAAUUAUCCUUAAUUAGAAUUCUAUGUAUGAUGUAUCGCUCUCUCAAAUAUUUCAUACUAUACCAGUACUGUAAUAAUAUUAAAAUGCUUCUAAUAAGACGAACCAUGUAGCUUGUACCAAUUUUAUAUUCAAUAAUUAUAAAAAAUCC